UUUCAGUUCCGCACUACAUUUCCCACAAUCCUCUGUAAUAUGCGUCUGGGUGUGAGAGAGAAAGAUUAAAAUUGGACCAUCUGCAGACUUUGAUUUGGUAUUAAUGGCGGCAGCAGAUAUUUUCUACAGGGCUUUGCUGUGUUGUGAGCUGUAGUAAAGCAUCACGCUUUGAUCGUUUCUCAGGAGGAUCUGUGACAGGCGCCACUAUAACUGUACCCUCACCUGACAUCAGCAACCGGGCCAAAAUGGAAGCUAGUUUCGGAUCCACAUUUCCAGCGGUCCCUCAAGUAGCAAAAGCGGAAACUAAUUACAAACAGCACCGCAGAACCCCUUCAUCCUCCAGCACUCUGACAUUCUCCGCUCGUGACGACGAUGAUGGCAUGCCGCCCAUUAGUACCCCUCGUCGCUCAGACUCUGCCAUCUCGAUUCGCUCUCUGCACUCCGAGUCCAACAUGUCGCUGCGCUCCACCUUUUCUCUGCACGAGGAAGAGGAAGACACAGAGCCACAGGUGUUUGCAGAGCAGCCCUCUGUUAAGCUCUGUUGCCAGCUGUGCUGCAGCGUGUUCAAGGACCCCGUCAUCACCACCUGCGGACACACAUUCUGCAGGCGAUGUGCCUUGACCUCAGAGAAAUGCCCUGUGGACAAUUCUAAGCUCACGGUGGUAGUGAAUAACAUAGCGGUGGCCGAGCAAAUCGGAGAGCUUUUCAUCCACUGCAAGUACGGCUGUCACCCAGCUGCCUCGGGCAAACCCGGUGCCUUUGAGGUUGACCCACUUGGCUGUCCAUUCACCAUCAAGCUUAGCACCAGGAAAGAUCAUGAAGUAAGCUGUGACUACAGACCUGUUCGCUGUCCUAACAACCCCAACUGCCCUCCCUUGCUCACCAUGAACCUGGAGUCCCAUCUGAAAGAGUGUGAACACAUUAAGUGCCCUCACUCUAAAUAUGGUUGCACCUUUAUCGGGAAUCAGGACACAUAUGAGACGCAUCUGGAGGUGUGUAAGUUCGAGGGGCUGAAGGAGUUUCUCCAGCAGAUGGAUGACCGAUUCCAUGAGAUGCAGGUGACACUGGCGCAGAAGGACCAGGACAUCUCGUUCCUGCGCUCCAUGCUGGGCAAACUCUCUGAGAAACUAGACCAGCUGGAGAAGAACUUGGAGCUCAAGUUUGAUGUGCUGGAUGAGAACCAGAGUAAGCUCAGUGAAGAUCUGAUGGAGUUCAGACGAGAUGCUUCCAUGCUUAAUGAUGAACUGUCUCACAUCAAUGCCAGACUCAAUAUGGGUAUACUGGGCUCCUACGACCCCCAGCAGAUCUUCAAAUGCAAGGGUACUUUUGUGGGCCACCAGGGUCCGGUGUGGUGUUUGUGUGUCUAUUCUACCGGCGAUCUUCUCUUUAGUGGGUCGUCAGAUAAGUCCAUCAAGGUUUGGGACACAUGCACCACAUAUAAGUGUCAGAAAACCCUUGAGGGCCAUGAUGGAAUAGUGUUGGCAUUGUGCAUUCAGGGGAACAAACUUUACAGCGGCUCAGCUGACUGCACCAUUAUUGUUUGGGAUAUCCAGACCUUGCAGAAAGUGAACACCAUCCGGGCACAUGACAACCCAGUGUGCACUUUAGUGUCCUCACACAACAUGCUAUUCAGUGGCUCUCUCAAAGCCAUUAAGGUGUGGGAUAUUGUGGGCACAGAGCUAAAGCUAAAGAAGGAACUAACUGGCUUGAAUCACUGGGUUCGAGCUCUGGUUGCUUCUCAGAAUCAUCUGUACAGCGGAUCUUAUCAAACCAUAAAGAUCUGGGACAUCCGUUCUCUGGAGUGUGUCCAUGUGCUCCAGACCUCUGGAGGCAGUGUGUACUCCAUUGCAGUCACCAAUCACCAUAUAGUUUGUGGCACCUAUGAGAACCUCAUUCAUGUUUGGGACAUUGAGUCCAAAGAGCAGGUGCGGACGCUGACGGGCCACGUGGGCACAGUGUAUGCCCUUGCUGUCAUCUCAACCCCCGAUCAGACCAAAGUGUUCAGUGCCUCCUAUGAUCGCUCUCUCAGGGUGUGGAGCAUGGACAACAUGAUCUGCACCCAGACUCUGCUGCGGCACCAGGGCAGCGUAACGGCGCUCGCUGUGUCCAGAGGAAGACUCUUCUCUGGAGCUGUAGACAGCACCGUAAAGGUGUGGACGUGCUAAAUGUGACUGCUUAUCAUUAUUAGUUGUCAACAUGUUGAGUAAUAUAUCGCAAAUUAGAGACAAAAUGAGUUCUGAUGCACGGACUCGUGUGACGGACAAACACGGCCUUGCUUUGUGCGCUGGAUGAAUGUGGCUUGUUUCCAAUUACCGGACACCUCUGGACAGCAAACAGAAUCUCCCAACCUUCGUAGUAUUUUAUACAUACAAGAUAAUUUCCAAUAGAAGUAUGAUUUAGAUUUGGGAAGACUUCAACUGAUGUCUGAACAAAUGGAGCUGAAUCCAGUCUAGGGUCAUGUUCCCUGCAGACCAUGGAAAAGUCGUGUCAGUGUUCUGUUGACUGUUGAACUUUGACCUUCAUGAGUUGCAGUCUCAUGACUGAGUGAGUGCCUAAGCAUCAGUCUGACGCCAGUGGAGAUGCAUGGAGCGACCAUCAUCCCCCGGCUGAAUGAAGACCUACACUAUACCAACUUGGGCCUGAAACAGCAGAGCAUUGUUUUGGACUACACAGUGGCCAUGUUUUUAUCUCCGAUUUGACAGUGCCAACUGAGCGGCCAGAACUGCUCCAGAUAUUUUCGAUGUGAAAUCUUUGUAUGACCAUCCAUCAUGCUUUAGUGUAAAUAAUGCUAUGUUUCCUUACCAAAGGUGCAACUGCUUCAUGCAUGGUUCCAUGUUUGCCAUGGAAGUCAGAUUUUGCCCAUGCCAAUCUAGUAAGACUUUUAUAAUGUAAUUCAUGCUAGUUACUAAAUCCUUUUGAACAGGAUAACAGUAAUUCUGAUUAGUUUGAUGAGUGUAAAGCACUUAAUUUAUUACCACUGAGCAUCCUAGCAUAACUUUUAAGAAGUAAUGAAGUCAAUGAAGUGGAAGGGAACACUGUUGAGUUCCCCUCUAAGCUUAAAGUGAACAUUCACCCAAAAAUGAGUGAUAUUUUACUCUUUAUGUCGCCCUGUAUGACUUGAUUUCUUCUGUGCAACAUAUUUGGAGAAAUAUUAUAUUUCCAUACAAUGGAAGUCAGUAACAUUCUGCAGAAUGUCUUUUAUGUUAAGGUUUUGAACAUGAGGGUGGUGGGUAAAUUUAAAGAAUUUUCAUUUUUGGGUGAACUGUCCCUUUACCUUGAAGUGUACUAAACAAAAGGCAUAAAAAAUGCUGCUAUUUUGGAUAUCAAGUGCCUUUUUGUGGCAUGGAGCUACCAAAUCCAGCUCCACUAUUUAGGACAAUUGGACGAUUUCUGCAGCAUUGUGCCUGUAUUUUUCCCUCAAUAAGUUUGUGAGAGGAUAUGAAGUUGAGACUUGUUCCAAUGCAAACUAAAAACAGUUACAUGUAUAAAAUACAUACAGAGCGCACUUGAGUCAUUAACCUUCACAUAAUGUGUCCUUAAUACAUUUUGAGUUAAGAAGCAAAUCUGUGAAGGGCUGUGUGGCCCUUUGGUAUAACCUUGUUAGUUUUUUUGAGAAGUGAUUAGUAUUUAAUGUUAACUAAUGAAACACUUUGGUGUUGAGCGGUUUCCCACUGGUCUUGUCGGUGUUCAGUAAUUGGAUGGCGAUGAGAUUGUUUCUAUAUAAUGUUUUAUUUAGAGCAGGUGGCUGUUGAUGCAGUCACUGCAAGCACACCACUGUUCCUAAUGCCAGUCACAGCAGGUAUCAUACAAGUCAAUGGCAGAACAUCAACACAAUAUACAGCCUGCACACACUGAUCAGUGCAGAUUUCUUUUUUCUUUUUGAAAUGUCUGCAAAAAGGAUGGAAUUGAAAACGGCUUUCAUUAUUAAAUAACAUCUUGCACCAACAAUAA